AUGAUUAUUAUUCGUUGCUGGUUAGAACAAUUAUUUAAUUGUGCUUUUGACCGUGUUUAUUUUUUUAAAAAUUUAUUUAAUCCAGAAUUAAUUAAUAUAUUAUUUGAUAACGACAAAACAAUUCCUCUUCGAUUUAACAUUCAAAAACCAACACUUUCUACCGACAAUAAAUCAUUUAAAAAUGCUUUGAAUUUUUGCUUAAAUCAUUUAUCGGUCUCUGAAUUUAUUGAUAUUAAUUUGGAACAAGUUAACAUUACAGAAGAACACACAAAUAUUUUAUUCAAUAUUUUAAUAAAUGAAGGAAAUAAAUUCCCAAAAAUUUAUUUGUUAGGCUUCAGAAUGACAACUCUUUAUAAUUAUAUUGAACAAGUAAACCAAAUUUACAAAUUAGAGACCGGCAAAAUCGAACUUCUGGGGUCCCGAGUCGGGAUUUUUUUCUUAGCCGAUACCGGGAUCCUGAGGGAUAAAUUCCGAAAAAUCCGGGAUUUCGGGAUCCCGGAAAAUCCCCUCGGAAUCUCGUCCCGCGCCGGUCUCUAUUACAAAUAA